UGGAAAACCAAACGAAAACAGCAUGUACUCAAACUUCAAAACAUUGCUUUGCAUAGCAUAGAUAAAGGUCUGGCUAGGUACAGCAGGCUGUACAUCCCAGGAUAUGAAUCAUGAAAGAGUUUCAUUGUGUACAAAGGAUGAUAUACUGGCAAGUAAAGGUGACGGAUGUACAGAACGAGUGAGAGAGACACAGAGAGAACUUCAAAUCGAACAGAGGACAGAAGACAGAUAAUUGAAUGAAGCCUCCACCACUAACCAUGCAGUGGAGUCUAUCUCUCUGCUCUUUAAUGGGAGUUGCGUUAUUAGCCCAGAUGAGCAGCACCUCAACAGUAAACGUUGCGUUACAAGGAGUGGCCACUCAGUCAUCACAGUACUCUGGUACUGGUACUACUGUUAAUCAUGUGAAAGCUUCUAAUGCCAUUGACGGGAACAAAGACCCAAACGCCGACAAUGGAUCCUGCACCCACACAAUGACUGAGACCAACCCCUGGUGGAGAGUGAACCUGCGGGAUGUGUACAAAGUGACUACUGUUGUAAUCACCAACAGAAACACCAAUCCUGAGAGGCUCAAUGGUUCAGAGAUUCGUAUUGGUAAUUCACUGGAGAACAACGGCAACAGCAACCCCAUAUGUGCAGUCAUCUCCAACAUCUCAGCAGGACAGAACCUGACCUUCCAGUGUAAAGAGAUGGAGGGACACUAUGUCAAUGUGAUCAUCCAUGGCAAUGACCAAAUUCUCACUCUGUGUGAGGUGGAGGUAUAUGGCAGUCUAGUGGGACACUGUUCAACUGAAACAUGCCUCUCUCAUGACGAGUAUCACUUUGUAAACCAAAGUAAGACCUGGACUGAAGCACAGAUUUACUGCAGAGAGUGGUACACGGACCUGGCCACCAUAGACAACGUGGAGGACUUGGACAGACAGAUGAAAGCUGUACACAGUAAUUAUACUGAAGCAGCCUGGAUAGGGUUAAAGAAGGGAGACUGGAAGGGAGAGUGGCAGUGGUCAGACAAUGAUUGCAGUGAGGGAUAUUUCAACUGGCGCCAAGACGAACCAAAUAACAGGGAAGGGAACGAGGACUGUGUGAUGAUGAGCAACGGUGGCCAAUGGAAUACAUCUAAUUGCAACAAUUCACAUGCAUUUAUCUGCUAUGACAGACUGAACAGUUCUGGUACAAACUUCCAUUUUAUUAAUUAUACUCAGAUGACUUGGAGAGAUGCUCAGAUGUACUGUAGGGAGAAUCACACAGACCUGGCCAGUGUGAGGAACCAGACUGAGAACGAGGAGAUAUUUAGACUGGCUAGUGGUGAUAGUGUGUGGAUUGGCCUGUUCAGAGGCUUCUGGAAGUGGUCGGACCAGAGUAACUGCUCAUUCAGAAACUGGCAUGAGAGACAACACGAUAACACCGGAGGGAAUCAGACCUGUGCUGUGACAUUUAUGAACUAUUCCGGGCGUUGGGGUUGUCAGAAGUGUGAUGAAAAACAACCUUUCUUCUGCUACUACAAUAAGGUGAUCUUGAUUCAUCAGAGGAAGACGUGGAAAGACGCCCUGGCCUACUGCAGAGAGCACCACAAAGGCCUGGUCUCUGUCCACUCUGACGAGGUCCAGAGAUGGGUGGAGGCCCAGGCCAAGAGAGCCUCCACUCCUCAUGUGUGGCUGGGCUUGCGCUUCACCUGCACUUUGAACCUCUGGUUCUGGGUCAGUGGAGAGUCCACCUGCUACAACAACUGGGCUUCGGGAAACGGGACCGUUAUGGAGGACUGUGGGAGAACCGGAGUGAGGAGUACCGGGGCGGUAGAGAAAGAUGGAAGACACCAGUGGGUCAGUCUGCCUGACACAGAAGAGCUCAACUUCAUCUGCAGCACCUCUAACAAAAACUAGAAUCUGGACCACGGUAGUAGAAUCUGGACCAAAGUAGUAGAAUUUGGACCAAGGUAGUAGAAUCUGGACCAAGGUAGUAGAAUCUGGACCAAGGUAGUAGAAUCUGGACCCAGCUCUAGCAGGGUACCAUUCCCAGACAUGGGUUUGGCCUAGUCCUGGACUAAAAAAAGCAGAGAAGAAUCUCCAUUUAGAAUUAUUUUUAGUCCAUGUCUGUCUGGGGAAACCGGCCCACAAUCUUCAGAUCUAUAUAUUUUAAUUCAUAGAACUUUCUGGAAGCAUGUUGCUGUCGUAGCUUUUGAAAAAGAAAAGAAUCACACUCUAGGAGCUCAGAUGUAAUAAUUUAAUAACCAAAGUUUGGACAGACAAGCUGUCUUCAUCAGGGUAUAAUGACAAACACUGCGUGUCACUAGUUGUCUCUGUAAUCAUGGCUGGGUGUGGCUUGAUAUCAUUGGUCGAUUUACAGAUAUAAAUAGAACAUAUAAAAAAAAUGGAUUUACGAUCAUAGAUACAAUUCAGCUACAUCAGCCAACAAACAUUUACAAUGAACAGCAAAAUCACAAUAAUCACAAGAAUGGCUUCAGAUGAAAAGUCUAUGUUGAGACCGAAGGGAAUGAGGGUCUUUAAAGUUCCGGGAGGCCUCUUGUUUUAACAAUACAUUUUCACGAUUGUAACUUUACAACUUUUUUUGUUUGACAUUAUAUUGUAUUGUGUGUGUGACUUAAUAAAUUAUUAGAUUAUUAUAGAUUAUGUUUAAGGUUAAAAAAAUAUAUAAUAAUCUUGUUAUACUGUUUUAUCUUUUGAGGUUGUUUAUUCACAUCCUUUUCACAUAUUUGUUGAAACAUUUUAUUAGUCUUUCAAUCACAUAUAGACAUGGAUGAUCAUUGUUGAUGUUCAAUUUGACUGUCCUUUUCGUGUCAAUAGUAUUGGUGUGUGUGUGUAUGUGCCGUUUGAUGAUUGUUUCAAUGUCAUAUUUUGAUGCUGUUUUGAACUCCUUAUUUUUGGUUUAAGUGAUUGUUUUACUAUUUUGUUGAUUAUUGAUCCACCGCCAAUGUGGCAAAAAAUAUAUAAAUAUAUAUAUUUGUCAAGUUGCUGUGUAAUAAUAAAAAAAAACAUUUCAUAGAUUGUUAAAAACGUAUUUAAAGGUCAUGUUUUAUAUUAAAUUGGAUGAUAUUUGAAGGAAGCCAGAUCAAAGUAUGAAAAAUGACUGU